GAAUUUACAACGCAGUAAACAAAAAUAAUUAUGUUUCGGUUACAUUGCAACAAGUGCUACCAUCUUCGCACCCAUGAGCCCACCAUGGCGUUCCAUCUGUCCCGAUGCCACCAUAUAAUAUGUGCCAACUGCUUGGAGAGCUCAUUAAAGGACCAGAAGAAGUGUCCCCUUUGCAGUGCGCCACUGCAGACGAUCCCCAUCGACCGGAGCAUGCCCAGCGGCAUGGCCCAGUAUUUCGAGGAUCCAACUAGAUUCCUGAAGUUGUAUCAAAAAAUCAGCAAGUUCCAGAGCGACCAGCGAAACUCGGACAACCUGGGCUUUUGGCGUCAGAUAGAGCAGCAGCGUGACAUGGAGCUGCAGUUGGAGGGCUACAACAAGAUCGAGGCCCAACUGAAUCAGCAACUUAAGUUGGAGAAGCAACGCAUUGCGGAGCUGCGUAGGUACUUAGCUUACCAUGAGAAGGCGGCACCGAGCAGCAGCAGCCAAGGCAGCAGCGUUAUGGAACUACGAGGAUCUAGGAACAACCAGAAGCGUUGUCCAAGACCAAGAACUCCAUCCGUUACCACGACAACGGACAAUUCGAUGUCGGAUGAGACGAAGGAGACGAACAAUUUUUGGACACCUCUGUCAUGGAUUUUGGGCCAAAGAAACACCAUAAUGACAAGAAAUUUCAUAUUUAAUAAGAUCUUAUGA